CCCCUAACCACGGCUCUUAGCGAGCGUCAGCGAGCGUGAGAUCUUUUUAGCGAGGGAAGCGAGCUACACUCCUGCCCACCACAGUCCGUCAUCCUCGUCGCGAGCGGAGUGAGCAGGGUGUCGUUCAUCCGCCGCUUAACCAUCCGUCGCCCAACCAUCCGAUCUUGAGCCUUCGGACAGCAAGGAUCAAUGGGGGAUGGACCCGACUUCGAACCCUACUGGCGGCAGAUUCCUUGUUUUUGUUCUCGGUUUUUUUUGGGGUCCCUCGCGAUUGAUAUUUUCUUCCCGAUUUCCCGAUUUCAGGCCCCCAUGGAACCAUUCGAUUUGAAUUCUCCCGGAGACGAGAACGAUCUUUUCAGUCCCACACGAGCAAACGGAUAUGUGAGCGCCCACAACUCGGACAUUGAGGAAGACGAGUACCCCGAAGCCUCACCCACCGGCGACGCCCUCCAAGUCCCCACCGAGCACCACGGCAAACCCGACACAACCAUCGGCUCCACCAUCUCUUCCGCCAAUCGCUCCGAUCGGCCCAUAGACGCCGACGACGUCGUCCAACGCUUCGAGCAGGACGCGCGGCUGGUGGGUAUGAUCCAAAGCAAACGUGACCGCAAACCCAGCGCGGUAAGGGGGAGCAAUGAAGCGAUCCAUGAUGCCGCUGCGAAUCACCACCUCAGCGCUCCAGCCGCCCCACGUAAGCGAACACCCAGCAGUGCUGGUCUCGGCGAAGACACGCACGCCACCCCAUCCGAAUCCCCCACGAAAGACGGACACGGCCCUCCCUCAGCCGUCGUAUCAGACAAACCCCCCUCGGAGCUCCCAAUCGACGCAGAGGACGUGAUCAAAUCCUUUGCGCAUGAUGCGAAUCUGGUCGGGAUGAAGCAGGCGGAUACGGAUAAGAAUCCGAGCGCGCAGGGGAUUGUGGAGACGUCAUUGCCCGGGAUGCCCGAGCCGAGGAAGACGGAGGAUGAUGUGAGGCCUGGGAAGGGCGCAGUGGUGGACGAUGGACAGGUGAAACCGGCUGUGAGGGAGGCGGAGGAUCUGUCGGUUUCGUCACUACAGCCUGAACCAAUCGACAGCCCCACCGAAAAGACGCUAAUCACCCCAGCAACCCCCUCCGACCAAGAAUUCAGUCCAACCGGCUCCGAAAAGCCCAAACUCUUCCACUCGAUCUCCUACCCCGUCACCUCCGAAUACCAAGAACGCCGGCGCGGCAGCCAUACUCGCUCCAGCUCUGUGGGCAUGCGCGGCGGCGGCGGCGAAGACGCCAGCGCACCCCUCGACUCGGUCGACGAGAGCGCGCUCAACUCCUCCUAUAUCCUGAAACGGGCAAACACGGGCCCUCUGAGUGAUACGGAGGUGGAGUAUGCCGACUACAACGCUUCCGUGAAUGCCAAGAACGGGAAGAAGGGUGGGAAAGGGUGGGGCUGGAGAUGGAGCGGUGCUCAGAACGAAGGGGAGAAAAAGCUGCUCAAAGGCGACGGCGGCGAACCCCUCGACGCAGACUCGCAACCCCGCCUCACGAACAUGUCCGUCGACGAAAAAGUCAACAACUACCUCGCUGGCCUCCCCGACGAAAAUAACCCCCGCACCCACUCCCCCAUCUCAACCCCCAACCCCGACUCCCCCUCCAAAGACAACCUUGACCAGCCCAACGGCGGCGACACCUACACCCCCGGCGAAGGCCUCAGCGUCGCCUUCAACCACGACGUCGAGCUGGAGAUCUCUAUGGUACCCUACGACCGCGUCAUUUCCCUUCGCCCGCGGGACGCCGACGAGCUGUUCAACAAGAACGUGGUCGGGUACGAGGCGUUUGCCAAAACCCCCGAAUUGUUCGCCGACACAUCACUCACGCUGCGGAUUAACGGGCAUUACUUCAACUGGGCGGUCGCGGGACCGAUGAUCAUGUCGAAUUUGGCGUUCAAGAAACCGUUGCCCGAGGAUCUGGUUAGGAAGCUCGUCCGCGCGCAUUCGAGGCCGGGGCUUUCGCCGGAUAAUAGGCGGUAUAGCUUUAAUCAGUUUAAGACGUGGUGGACUAGGGGCAGUAAGGAUAACAAUGGCUCGGACGAGAAAGACAAAAGCAAAUCCUCCCCGGAACCCAAAGACCUCAACGGCAACAGUCCGACGCCACCAUCCCCCACGGCCCAGAUCAGCGCAGAAGACGAAGGCCCGAUGAAGGAGCCGAACCAGACGCCGGCGGCGCCGACCGAUAAAUUGAAGGAGCAGCUGGAGGAGCAGCGGUCGUUCCCGAUGCAUUUUGCGAAAUCUUUGCGGUUGACUUCGGAGCAGUUGAAACAACUAAACCUCCAACCCGGCCCAAACACCAUCACCUUCACCGUCUCGCAGUCGGCAGCCUCCGUCUCCGCCAAGCUCUUCCUCUACGACCACAACUGCAACAUCGUCAUCUCCGACAUCGACGGCACCAUCACCAAAUCCGAUGCACUCGGGCAUAUUUUUACGAUGGUGGGGAAGGAUUGGACGCAUUCGGGGAUUGCGAGCUUGUAUACCAAUAUAAGGAAGAAUGGGUAUCAUAUUUUGUAUUUGACUAGUCGGGCUAUUGGGCAGGCCGGCGCAACCCGCGAAUAUCUCUCCAAAAUCGAACAGAACGGCCACCAGCUCCCCGAAGGCCCCGUCAUCAUGUCCCCCGACCGUCUCUUCGCCUCCUUCCACCGCGAAGUCAUCCUCCGCAAACCCGAGGAAUUCAAAAUGGCCUGUCUGCGCGAUAUCAAACGCCUCUUUGUCGAUCGGACACCCUUUUACGCGGGCUUUGGGAACCGGAUCACUGAUGCGCUGAGUUAUCGCUCGGUUGAUGUACCCAGUAGUCGAAUAUUCACGAUCGAUUCGACGGGCGAGAUCAAAUUGGAGCUGCUUGCGAAUUAUAAGAGCUCGUAUAUCAAGCUGAAUGAUCUGGUCGACCAGAUCUUCCCGCCGAUCGGACAGGAGAAAGUGACCGUCUCGGAUUUCAACGAUUGGAAUUUCUGGAAGUCGGAUUUACCCAAGAUUGAGUUGCCGGAUGUUGAUGACGCGGACGUCGAUGCGGCGGGGAGGGGGAGGAGGGGGGGUGGCAAGAAGGGUGGCAAACCCCCCAACAUCAACAAUAACAAGAAUGGGAAGAAGCAGGGAAAGAAUUUGGCGAAACCGGCGUCAGAUGAAGAAUACGAUGAAGACGAGGACGAGUUCACGGACGACGAAGAGGCGUAUGAGGACGAGGAUAUGUAUGACGACGAGGACCUUGACGAGGACGAGUUUACAGAUGAUGAGGACGAUGAACACUUCCAUCAACAUAACGGGACCGCAAACGCCCAUACCACCUCCCCCACACAUCCAAGUGCAGUACCCAUCCCCCACGGCACAGGUCUAAUCACAACGAGACACCCCGUCGGGUCACCCAAGGCGGAGGAGGGAGAGGAUGUGGAUGUGAGGUUCCCUGGGGGUAUGCAGAGGGGGAACACGGUGAGGAUGGGGAGUCUGGAGCGGGAGAAGGUGGAGAGGGUUUUGGGACGGGCGGAUAGUGCGCCGGCGAGAGUUGUUAGUCCUGUGCGGAAGUGAAGGUACCGACCGAUGCUACCCCACGCAAUCUCGGGGGCGGUGACCCCCAUAGUCUCGCUAGUUCAUAGCGCCAACCCCCCCUAAUCAAUCUCCAUAGACCCCACCCCCCUGGCCUUCGUUUUUGGCAGAUUCCUCCACCCCCCAUAAACUACGUCGCUCUUACAUACGCCUCCAUAUCCUGCAUCACCUUUAUAGACAUAUAUAUCUAACUCUUCCUAUGGGAGAGCUUUCCGUGCAUUCAUUGAUGCACAUACCAAGACAGCUAUUUCAUUCCAGAGAUUCUCAGGAAUGUUACUCAUGCA